AGAUUUUUUCAAACGUUACUUCUUGUUUUUCAACUUCCAAACUGCCCCAAAGGUCUGGAAACCCUUCGUCUUCCCUUUGCAGGUGAAUGGCUCCAACAUCUUUAGCCGUGGGAGUGCCUGCAUCUUCAGUUUGUUGAUUAAUGGCCUCAACUGUUUAAGAAUCUUUAUCGCCAUCAUUUCCAGUAUGAUGUAUGUUUACAAAGCAUUUACGAGCACGAUGAUCAUGUGCGAAGCUUGAACCCUCUAUUUCCGUUUGAUGACAAACUUUCCGGUCGAAGUCUCAACCAUGGUUGCCUGCCCGUUUGAUUCUCUCUCAUCAUUCUCUUAGCUGAAGCAUCUCCAUACAGCAAUAAAACCUAAACCAUAUUACUGAUUUAAAAGCUAGGCUAGUUGCUGUUAGGGAUUUCAACUGUCGGUCUGGAUUGCUUGGGAACAAGCACUACGAGUAAUGGUUCAAUCAGCGAUUAUGGACUGGGGUGGAUAUCUUGGUUCGCUGGUGAAUCAAUGGUGGCGAAGGCGAUGCAUGGUUGCAUCCUAAAGCAGCGACUGUAUUGGGAAUCAUUCAGAUCUGCAAUAGAAGGAUGUUUAGAAUAAUGGCUAAGAUUUAAUUGGCGAUUGAACAAUCAAGCAAUUUGGGCUUCAAACAGCAGAGUAGAAGUUCUGAUGGCCUUGAGGAAGAAGUUUUGGUUUAAUAUUUUGAAAGACUUCAAUUUUGGCUGCAAAUGUUCCCGAUACUACAGCUCAAAAGUGGACUUCAGAAAGCUCAGGCCAAUGAUUCUCAAAAGAAUUGAAAGUAGGGCUAAAGACUAUCCAAUUCGAGGCUUUGUACCUGUUGCAUUUGAUGUCCUCAAGGCCAGGGCCCUUCUCAUUCAGGGUGUGUCUACUCUUCUCAAUGUUUUUCCUGUCAUGGCCUGCAAGUUCUGUUCAGAAAUAUAUGUUGGUGAGAAAGGUCACUUAAUCCAGACCUGUCAUGGUUACAGAUGCCGUGCCAAGAGCCAGGUUCAUGAAUGGAUCAGUGGUGGCCUGAAUGACAUACUUGUCCCGGUAGAAACUUUUCACCUACAGUCCAUGUUCCAAGAAGUCAUUAAACAUCAACAAAGAUUUGAUUUUAAGCGUGUUCCUGCAGUUGUUGAGCUUUGCUUGCAGGCAGGGGCAUAUCCAUGUGAUGAUUACUUGAACUCCAGCAGCAUCACCCAUGGUGUUGAAGGAGCUCAGUCUUUGCCAUCCCACGAUUUGAGCCAAGUAGCCAAGGUAACAUUGAAGGCAUGGGAAUCACUUAGAUGUGGGGUGCAAAAGUUAUUAUUGGUUUAUCCAGCGAAGGUUUGUAAAUACUGUUCGGAAGUUCAUGUGGGGCCAUCUGGGCAUAGGGCUAGACUUUGUGGGGUAUUCAAGAAUGAGAGUUGGCGUGGAACCCACUUCUGGAAGAAAGCAGAUGUUGAUGAUUUGGUGCCUCCAAAGAUCGUAUGGAGGCGGCGGCCUUAUGACCCUCCUGUGCUGCUGGACAAGGGACGCGGUUUUUAUGGGCGUGCACCUGCGGUGAUUGAUCUCUGUACACAGGCUGGUGCUAUUGCACCGAGCAAGUAUUUUUGUAUGAUGAAAAUACAGGGUCUAUCAGAACCUAUUUGGAAUUGAGCUACAGAACUCUGUUGGGUUUUGUAUGAGGCACUUGAUCCAAUGCAUUUUUGCAUCAAGAUUUUUUCUCACCCUCUGUCAAGCCAGAGCCUUGUUACCUUAAUCAUUCAGAUGUUUGAAGAAUUUUCUGUCAGGCUUGGUCUUUGCAAGAAAUUUUGGUAGUAUCCAGAGAAUUUUUAACGAAAUGCGUUUGAUUCAUGGAAUCACAGCUGCAAAUUAUGUGCAUACAGAUACUAGUUGAUCAUGUUGAGUUGCUUUAUGCCCUUCUAAGCUGGGUUGCUUUGCGUCACUGCAGCGCUCUCUCUCUCCCUCUCCCUCUCUCUCUCUCUCACACACACACACACACACAUACGCAUGCGCGCAUGCAAUGUUGUUGAUGUAUAGAACUAACAGAAAAAGAAACUUGUUGACAUUCUUUGGUCAUGGAAUAAAUCUUCAACUGCAGCACUGAUGAAGGUUCUGUUUCGGCA